AUGGCAUCCACCAGUGCACAGCCGCGCUACACAGCAUUACCUCCCGUCUCCAUCGUCAACUUCUCUCUUACAUCUGGCACCGACAUUCCUCCACCAGAGGAUACACCCCCAGCAUCCCCAGAACAGAACAUCACUCGCCCUCCAACACCAGGCGGAGGCCCUCUGACAUCUCAUCCGACCACGGAGAAAGUCUUCAGCGUCCCAAACACAUUUCCUCCCACGCCYGACCCCGAAAUGGAGCCUCACCCGAAGCUAUCGACAUCCACCGCCGGCACUGGCUUUGUUGGAAACAGAGAACGCGCAGACAGCUACUUGACAACCUCCACCUCUGCUGCGCCCACCUCUCCUGUGCCCACCUCCCAGAUGCCAAUGCAUGCCAGUGCACCCGGCACGCGGCGAUCGUCUGGCGUACGCCGCAUCUUCAGCAUGUCCAGCUUGCGCCAGUCCUUUACCAGCUCCCGAUCUUCUUUCAGCGGAGGUGGAAGGCCAGGCUCGUCCUAUCAAGAUGUGUCACAGCUGGAAGCGUCAAACUACACCACUACUGCGCCAUCCGCGACAGAGCCGCCAUAUUUGCACUCUUCCAGACCACCGAACACGCUCCACAAGAAGCGGUCGAGCGGUUGGUUCAAGCGCAAGUCGGGAUUCUUCACCAUGGACUCUGACGGCGUAUUGGGUGUCGUGAAUGAGGAUACUCGCGGACCCAAGCGUGUGAAGGAGACACUCCCAGUCUUGCCGGAGAUAUCGUCGUUGGGAGGACAAGACGCGGGCUCCAUCGGCUGGGACGAUCAGAUGUUCAAGAGGUGA